UGCUUUGAGUAGAACGAGUGUGAAUUUCACACACCACUCGAGUUUAUAUUUGAGAGCAACAGGAAGAGAUGGCUUGAGUAGGAGAGUUUCUUCUGGACACUGAAGGACGGAUGGAGACACGGAAUAACUGACGGACUGAAUGAAACCAAAACGGUUGUGUUCUCUCAAUGUGUUUGAGGGCUUAAGAGGGAAAAGAAGGAGAAGUUAAUUCAAGCACUCUGGUAGGUCAUCAUGCUUGGUGAGGCAUUCCUCCAUGUCCUGAACUACACUGAGGAAACCCUCGAACACAUCGGCCUCUCCAAGCCCGACAUGUUGUCUCGAGCAAUCUCGCGCUCUGUUCCUCCAUCAGAAGCUGCAGCGACUCACCCGAGCUCCAGAUCGGCUCGGACGCCUCGUCCACUGCGAGCCAAUCAGCCUGAAGGUCCUGAAAAACCUGGGCCUCGCCUGACCUCACUGCCCAGUACGGCUGUCCCGAUCCCCAGCAGCAGCGUGGAGGAUCACUGGGGUCUCAAGGCAAUGCACUGCCCAAGCAUUUACAAAGCUUACCCAGACCUGCAGCUAGCAGGCGACACUGUGGGUCCCCUGAACCCGACUCCACAAUCCCACAGUCCUCUGCUGAACUCGGAGGAUCUCGCCUCCCUGGAGGCCUCAAUGGAGUGCAGGGAGCUGGUGGAGGACCACGGCGAGAGAGGCGAGGCCUACCUGGUCAUGGACAGCAUGAGAAGCCUCGGGAAAGAGCAGAGGCUCACCAACUCCAUGCUGAACGGCUUUCUGGAGACUCAGCUGAUGGAGGUCUAUCGGCAGCACAUGCAGGACAGCCUGGCUCGCUGUGGCUUGACUUCGCUCAGCACUAACGUGGUGCCAGGAAUCUGCAGCCAUCUGAGUGUUCCUGACAGGAACACGAGCGCUCAGGGGAACGAGCUGCGCUCCAGCCAAAGCAGCAUCAGAUACUUGAGCACCUGCUCGGCUCCGCCCACUUCACACUUUAGCACACCUGUGCUGCGCAUUUCAUACCAACCAGAACCUGAGUCCUGAUUAUCUUUUCAUUCUUUAUUAUUUAUUAAAACACAAAGGAUUUGAUUCCAUGUUAGUGACAAGAGAGUCUCAAAUUUCAAACUUUUAGAAUUAGUAUUAGGCUUUGAUUAUAUAACACUUAAUAAUUAUAUAAAUAAAUCUUUUUUACAUUUUAACAAAUAAAAUAAAUCAUAUAAUAUUGUAAAUGUAAAGGAAAAUAGAACAAGUGUAAGUAAACUCUUUUCAUCUUUCCACAUUUUCCAGAGCAAUUACUUCCUUUUUUAUUUAGAUUUCAUUACUCACUAUGUAUUGCUGAUUGCUGAAUACUUUGAUUUGAUUAAAUGACACUUUUACAUGAGCUGUCUCAGCCGCACCUCAACAAAUCAACCACUUCUAGUUAAGCAGUUAGGGGUCCUAAAGUGCCUACUGGUGCUGCUGAUUAUCAGUGCUAAACAUUCUUUUCUUUCAUUUUUUAGCUUUGGAAACACAAACGUACAGUAGAUCUGAAAGCAAGAUGCAAAAAAAACAAGAUCUUUUACAUCAACUGAAGCGUAAACGUCUCAUUGUGGUGCUGUAAUGAAGUUUUUCUGCCACCUCGUGGUCAUAAUCGGAACUGCGAUUUAAUUGUGUUAUGUCAUACUGCCAAUGUCAUACGGCGCUUCCUUUCUAACACACACACACACACACACACACACACUGCCUAGUUGUGUGACAUUACCAUGUGCAUAAAUGUGUAAAUAUGCACCCUGAUGAUUUAUGACCUGACUGCCAUCUUAGAGACACCAUUAAACAGGAACCAGAGGCUUUUGGGGCAAAG